GCAAAACAUGAUAUUUUCGAUGCAUCGAUGUUUUACCGACAUCCCUAGUAUCGUUUUUCCCUACCGUAGUCUGUGAAUUAUCUGUUUCGUUGGCUGUGGAACAGGAAAAAAAGAUGGCUUCAGAAACGGGUGGAGUAAAACCCAUGGUCAUCGCCGGCCGCAUGGUGCGUGAACGGGAGCGUUUGAUUGGCAUGUCGAACGAAGAACGUGCAUGGCGGAAGCAAUGGCUGAAAGAUUUGGAACUACACCACGGUCCUCGCACAGUGCCCGAGUUGGAGAGAGAACUACAGAAUCCGAUUAAGCGUUUCUAUCGCUUCCCACUUGACAAAUUGGGAGAAACACUAACUCCAGUCCUUGGUCCUCAGCGUUCAUAUACUAUCCGAUUUUGGACAGGAAAAUUUGCUAUGACCGUUGCAGCAAUUUACGCUGUAGCCUACUAUUUCAAGUAUAAUCAAAACGAUUGGACCCGUAAAGGAGGCUGGCGUGUAAUCACUUCACGACCCGUUUGCAAUCCUGGUGACGAAGGUUUUCCAAAAGUGUCUGACCGGACACAACCCGCAGAUUAUGCUGCUCGUGGUUUCAAGCAGGCGCCAAUAUAAGAACUCCUAAAGAAUUUAGUAUACCACGGUUAUAGAUAUUUGAAAAUGUUAACUAUAAAAACUUCAUACGACGCUCCAAGGAAUAAAUAAAAAACUACGUGUAUUUUUGUGAAAUA